GUACGUGAGUCUGGACACCCUGGUGCCGAGUCCGGUGAAUGCCGACGGCGAGGUCAAGUCCUGCGGCGCGCUCGUGGACGAGCUCCUCGAGGCCGAGGACGCGCUGGACGAGACCAAGACGGUUUCGCGCGCCCAGCUGCUGGAGGGCCUGGUCGCCGGCCGAGGGGGCUCGCUCAACAGGCACGCGGCAGAGACGCUGCUGCGCCGCGGCGCCGCGGCCGCCCCCGGUGGCCUGUCGCCGACCCUGGACCCGCGCGUGGCGCGCUCGCCCGUGCUGCCCGCCGCCCUGGCGCUGGCGUGCGCCCGCAGCGUGCGCUGCCCGACGCUGGCCGUGCUGCCGCAGUGGCGCGGCCCGCGCGCGCUCGCCGCCGAUGAGGAGCUCCGCGCGCGCUUCUUCGCCGACCUGCGCAUGGCCGCCAAGUCCGUGACGGCGGUGGACGUGGCCGGCACGCACCACGCGCACCUCAACAGCCCCGAGGUGGUGGUGCCCGCCCUGCAGGACUUCCUGGACCAGCACCGCGGCCAGUCCCACCGGCAGCCGGCCGUGUCCGUCGACACCUUCACCGUCUGAAGCAAAGCUCGCUUCGCUUAUAACUCGCUUGGCUGUGCCAGCCCCGAGUCGUGCACCCCCACACUUUUUGGCUGAAAGGUGGCCCGUAGGUGGAGCGUUCGAGCGCCGUCGUCGUGGCGCCGUC